AUGUCAGCUGUGGCCAAAACAAUGUCCAGAGCAGUCAAGUUAUCGUCAUUAGUAGCAUUCUUGUCACAAAGGGGAUGCUUUAUUAGAGUUUUACAGUUAAGCCCAAGAGCAGCAAGCAGGUGGAGAGAUUACCAUUAUGUUCCUGAAGAGAAUCUAGUCUUUCUGAAUGACAAGAUGUCAAAGAUUGAAAAAGAUGCGGUGGUAAGAUUCAUUGUUAUUGGAACAAAGUGGCUUGAUUCAGAAAGGGAGUUUCAGGCAUUGGUUAGUUUGGAGGGCGAUUAUCUUGGACCAGUGUCCUAG